GAAACAAGAGGGGAAAAAAAUGCCUAGUCGUCAUAACACAAAAUGGUCUACUGCCAUUCCGAGAGGCAUCUGGGACUUAGGACAUGCCUCGAGAGUCCUGAGACUUCUUUCCUGAUAAUAUUAAUUUGAAGUAUUGAAAAAAAAAAUAAAGACUCGAGUGGCCAACUUUGACAUUUUAACUUUAUUUCUGAAUUUAAAGACAUUCUACUAUUCAUUUCAAAUUUAAUUUUUAAAAAAUAAAUUCUGGUUGCAGAUUUCGCAGUUGUAUUUGACCAAUCAGCACAUUUCCCUUGUUGCUGUUUCGUAGACAUUCGCGAAUUAAAUUUGUUGUCUGCUGAUUUCGCAUUCGAUCUUGUAGUUAAGUUUAUAAAAGAGUUUUGAAGCAGAAAGAAACAAAUGGUCUAAAUUCAUAUCUGCGCUAGUCCAAUGUUUCUAACAUUUGAAAACACUUUUAUGUCUAAAACAAAAGGUCUAGUCGUAAUGACAUUAUUGAAAUAGCUCUAUCCUGGCAAGUUUUUAUUAAUACUUUAUUUUUAAAAUUUGGAUACAUGACAUGAAUAUUGGAUAUUAGGAUUUCUUCCAUGGUAUAAUCAGUUGGAUUUAUAUUCAAUUCGGUUUCUUCUCGACUUCAAGAGGGACUUGUGCCAUUCGCUCUCGGACUGGCGUGUUAAGUGUGUGAUUACAUGCCUACAUUCUAAGACUGUGUGUAGAACCUGUGUUGACACUGUGUUGAAUUUCAAAGUGAUUGAACAGAGCAAUGUCGUUCUGUGGCAACUCAACAUUCUGGGACGAGGAUUUGACCCUCAACUCAUCAUGGCCACAGUUCACACAGUGUUUUCAAUCCACGGUCCUAGUGUUCGUACCUGCGGGUGCCUUGUGGUUGUGCGCGGCAUUGUACAUACCUUACCUGCUGACUCGUGACCCUGGCCUGCCUGGACCUAACACAUGCCUGUCAAGUGCCAAAACUUCCAUCUCGUUACUGAUGGUUGUGCUAACCAUCGCGCUCAUCAUCAGAGAAACCAUGAGCCCAUCCAGAUCUCUGCCUGGCACCCCUCCUGGGCAGAGAUACGACACUACCACCACGUCCCACUUUGUGGCGAGAAUUGUGGAGGCCAUCAGUUUUGUUUUAACUGGCAUCAUUACUCAACUUGAGAGAAGGAACUGCAUCUUAACUUCCGGUGUGCUCUUCGUUUAUUGGUUGAUACUUUUGGUGUGUGACAUCAUUCCACUCUAUACAUAUAUAGAAAUUGAGAUGUAUGCUACUGAUGUGUUGAGAUUUAUUUGGAUGGUGUCUGUUAUGUUUCUGGUGUUGGUUCAGUUAGUACUCAACUGCUUUAGUGACGUUCAACUGUCCACAUAUAACAGAUACGUCUCUGAGAAUGAAUGUCCGGAAGUGAAUGCGUCAUUUCUUUCAAAAUUGACAUUUUCAUGGAUCACAAGACUUAUCUUUACCGGAUAUAGAAGACCUUUAAACCCCAGUGACCUCUGGCAGCUGAACCCUCGUGACUUGAGUGACACGGUGGUGGCGCGUUUCUCACGUGCUUGGUUCAAGUAUAAUAAAGUGAAAAGGUUUGACCAGCAAUCCAGCUGGCGAGCGACCAACGGUACAUCUUCAAACAGCUCCAGCAACGAACAGACCAAUGGUAACAGAAACAAAAACAACGGUCAUUACGAGAGAAGUUCCUCGUCUGGCGAGAAGUCACCACUCAUCAAGAGGUCACAGUCUAAAAAAUCGGACGAGUACCAAGAUUUGAACCAAAUUCUUCCAGUCAAUAGGCGAAGUAAGUGUAACCUCUUCAGAGUCAUCGUCAGGGCCUUCGGUUGGGAAGUUUUACUAUCUUACUUGUGUAAAGCGAUAUCUGAUCUUCUCCAGUUCGUUGGACCAUUUCUUUUGAGAGGCUUGAUACUUCACAUACAAGGCUUAGAAGACCACCCGAAAUGGCAUGGCUAUGUUUUGGCUACAGCCAUGCUUUUGGCUUCCUGGCUUCAGACGGUUUUCUAUCACCAGCAUUACCAUCUAGCUAUGACAUCAGGCAUGAGGAUGAAGACAGCGUUGCAAGUAGCGAUAUAUAAAAAGGGGCUUUGGAUAGAUAAUUAUGGACAGAGGUCAUGCACAACUGGAGAAGUGGUCAAUCUAAUGUCCGUGGACUGCCAACGUGUUCAGGAUAUGAUGAGCUAUACGUGGAUGGUGUGGUCAAUACCACUGCAGGUGUUCCUGGCUGUGUAUUUCUUAUGGAACACCCUGGGUCUUCCAGUGCUAGCUGGUCUAGGGCUACUCGUUCUGUUAGUUCCUCUGAAUGCCUUCAUCGCCUAUAAGCAACAGAAGCUACAGCGUCAGAACUUGUUCUGGAAAGACAAGCGAGUCAAGAUGGUGAACGAAGUCCUAGGAGGCAUUAAGGUUUUAAAGUUGUACGCUUGGGAAGAGUCUUUUCAGAAGAAAAUUUUGGCGUUGCGUCAAAGAGAGGUGUGCGUGCUGACGAAGCUAGCCUGGCUGAAUGCUAUAAGUAUAUUUAUCUGGACUUGUGCUCCAUAUUUGGUUUGUCUGGCAUCUUUUGCAACCUACCUGGCAGUCUAUCCAACGUCCGCAUUAACAGCAGACAUGGCGUUCGUGACGCUGGCACUUUUUAACAUAUUGCAGUUUCCAAUCUCAUUCAUACCUGAGAUGGUUUCAUUCACAACACAGGCGAUAGUGUCAGUGAGUAGAAUAGAAAGAUAUCUUUGUGAGACAGAACUGACCAGGUCACACUAUGAUAAGCUGGAUGGGAAAGACUGUGCAGUGUCCAUAGAUAAAGGUGUCUUCACCUGGGAUGCUGACCUGCCAUUCCGACUUAGCGGAAUCAACAUUGAGAUCCCUCGAGGAAGUUUUGUGGCCGUCGUGGGCCCCGUCGGGUGUGGCAAGAGCUCUCUACUGUCCGCCAUACUUGGUGAGAUGGACCGUCUCCAGGGUAACGUUUAUACAUCGGGAAACAUAGGCUACGUACCCCAAACAGCAUGGAUCCAGAACUCCACAUUGCAGGAGAACAUUUUGUUUGGCGCCAGCAUGAACUUUAAAAGGUAUAACAAGGUCAUAGAUUCAUGCGCGCUCAGGCCUGACCUUGACAUUCUUCCCGGAGGAGAUAAAACUGAAAUCGGGGAAAAGGGCAUCAACCUUAGUGGAGGUCAGAAACAGAGGGUCUGUAUAGCCAGGGCCCUGUACUCCAAUGCUGAUUUGUACAUACUAGAUGACCCACUCAGCGCUGUCGACGCCUAUGUUGGGAAACACAUUUUCAAGAGAGUUCUCUCAGAGAAAGGAAUCCUCAAACAUAAGACCCGGAUCAUGGCUACCCACGCUGUCCACUGGCUACCUUUAGUGGAUACUAUCAUCGUCCUGCAAGAUGGACGCAUCACAGAGAUGGGCUCUUAUCUUCAGCUGAUGAAGAGAAAUGGGAACUUUGCCCAAUUUCUGUUGACCAACUUGAGGCGAGCCCAAGACUCGGAGUCAGAACUAGAAGAAGAUGUAGAAGUUCGAGAUAUGAAAAAGAAGAUGUGGGAGCACGUGGAAGUGGUGACGAGUCAGUCCGAGGGCAACACUUCCGGGGAAGACGUCAUCAACUUUCACCAGACCAGGCUGGAGAUGAUGGCUGGCGGCAGUGGAACACAUGCUACAACAUCCACCGAAGAGAAACGUCCGCCGCUGAGGUUGGUGUCUGUGGUGGCAGGAGGUGGGGUGGGCAAUGGAGCAGUGGUCAGACUGACCGAAGACGAAGCAAUGGAGACUGGGACAGUCAAAUUUGGUGUAUUCAAAACUUACAUUCAAAAUGUGGGAACCUUCGCAACUCUAGUGAUAUUUGUCAUGUUCGCUCUGUUUCAGUUGUCCAGUGUGCUGGGAAAUGUCUGGCUGUCAAAAUGGACAGGUGACCAACAGAUAGAGUCUGGGAACAUCACGGCAACUCAACUGAUGGAAAAAAACCGGAUGUAUCUCUCAGUGUACGGGGCUUUAGGCGCUGCUCAAGCAUUGUUUGUUUUGAUCUACGCCUGUGUUGGCGCACUCAGGAUGGUGACAGCGGCGUCAACCAUGCACUCCGCCAUGUUGGACCGAGUCCUGAAAGCACCAAUGAGCUUCUUCGACACAACUCCAGUCGGCCGAAUAGUCAACCGGUUCUCGCGAGAUGUGGAGACGCUGGACAAUCAGCUGCCCCAGAUUAUCUUCAUGUGGAUCAUGUGCGUCUUCUCUGUCCUGGCCACUUUGGUGGUCAUCAGUGUCAACACGCCACUAUUUGCUGGAGUUAUUGUGCCAUUACUUCUAGCCUAUCUGGCCAUUCAGCGUUUCUUUGUUCCCACGUCGCGGCAGCUGAAAAGACUGGAGGCCGUGACCCGGUCACCGAUCUACUCACACUUCUCUGAGACACUCUCAGGGGCUCACGUUAUCAGAGCCUUUGACGCCGUCUCUCGCUUCUGCCAGACUUGCGUGGAGAAGAUAGACCGGAACCAGGUGUUCUACUUCGCCGGGAUCACUGCCAACAGAUGGCUUGGUGUCUGGAUUGAAGUGGUCAGCAGCUUGAUUGUCUUCUUCAGUGCCAUUUUUUCUUUGGUCACUCCUGGGGUCAAUGGUGCAAUAUUGGGCUUGUCUGUUAGCUAUGCUUUGCAGAUAACCCAAGCUCUAAAAUGGUUGGUCAGAUCUAUGAGCGACCUAGAGACCAAUGUGGUCAGUGUGGAAAGGGUUAAAGAGUAUAGCCACGUAGUUCAAGAGGCUCCGAGAUCCACCAAUAUUCACCCUCCUCCCGAGUGGCCAACACGAGGUGAGAUUAUCAUCAACCAAUACACAACCAGCUAUAGACAAGGAUUGGAACCUGUUCUGAAACGAAUUACCUGUUACAUCAAACCUGAAGAAAAGAUUGGUAUUGUGGGAAGGACAGGGGCAGGCAAAUCUUCAUUGACACUGGCACUGUUCCGAGUGCUAGAACCUACAGAAGGAGAGAUAAUUAUUGACAAUAUCAAUACUUCUAUUAUUGGACUUACUGAUCUGAGAUCAGCUUUAACCAUAUUACCUCAAGAUCCUGUACUGCUGUCUGGCACACUAAGGAUGAAUGUUGAUCCUAACAAUGAAUAUCUUGACCAAGAGAUCUGGUCUGCACUGACCAUGUCACACUUAAAGGAUGCUGUCUCAGUGAUGCCUCAGGGCCUGGAGUCAGAGGUGGGAGAAAAUGGCAACAACUUUAGUGCUGGACAAAGGCAACUGAUUUGUCUGGCAAGGGCUCUGUUAAGGCGCAGCAGGAUUUUGAUAAUGGACGAGCCAACAUCCUCGGUAGACGUGGAGACGGAUGAACUGGUCUUAAAGACAGUGCAAAAAGCCUUUAAACAUAGUACAACAAUCAUCAUAGCUCAUCGUAUCAACACAAUACUAGACUGUGACAGAGUGAUGGUCAUAGAGGCUGGCCAGAUUGUGGAAUUUGAUGACCCCCAGACAUUACUCAACCAGGAAAAUAGUCACUUCUAUCAGCUGGCUAAAUCCUCGGAAAAGUUAUGACCAGGGGUUCACACGAGCGGUGUAGUCACAGAGAGAGUCCUGCCACAUAUAUUAUAAACACCAUAUAUAUAAUUAAUAUAUAAAUAAUUAAUGUAUUUAACAUUGAUUUCGGUGUGUUUUAAGAUUAUAUUAUACAAUUGUAUAAGUCCAUGUUUGAAACUGUUUUUGGUCUAAAAUGUAGCGUAGGACGUAAUUAUCUUCUUUUUUUGAAGUAACGUCUGUGAAAUAUAAGAUAAAAUAAAAGUAAAAUUAUGUGUCUUUGUUUUUAAAAAAUUUUAAUAGUUCUCUGUUCGUUUGUAAACAAAUUGUUUACAGUAUGAAGACUUGGUGCAGAGGUACUCGAAAUAUAUUUGGUUAAGCUAAACUAGUGCUAUUUACUACUCUUUAUUUAAUUCUAUUAGCUAGAAAAAAAAAUAAAUUCCAAAAGCAUUUGUAUUUUAGCCAUGCUAAAUAAAAAAAAAGGUUUUAACAGUGACUGUAGACUGUAGCUAGUACUUGGAUCUAUAUUUAGAGUUAAUAAAUGUUUUUAGAGUAUUUAUAUAAAGAAAUGUUAUGAAAAACUAACAAAUGACCAUUAGAUAAGUAUUUUGAGACUAUUUCUGAUUUCUCCGAUGAGCUCAAUAUUUUACUUAUAAUGAGUCCAUAGUUGUUUUUUUUAUUCCAAUGUCAAUGAUUUCUUAGUUGGCAGCAUUUACACUGGCAGCAAAGAGCCUUUUUUUUUGUUGCAACUUUGUUGUCAAAUAUGUGUUUUUUCCACUUACAGCCCAAUAGUCCACUUUUUUUUUUUUUAAAGUAUUAUUUCAAUUUUUAUUUUGCUACAGACUUUGAACAAUUUAAAGUAAUUAAAAUUUCCUCUUCUAAAUUAUAGCUUGUUUAACCUAAAGCUUUGCCAAAAAGUAAAUUUGAUAUAAUAAAAAAAAUUCUUUGAUUAUAACAAACCCAUGUUCAUAUCAAUUUUGCUAUGAUGAAGAAAAAUGCAAUGCACAAUCCCACUACUAAGUUUGCUAUUUUUGUCUUUUUUAAAAACUUUUUAUGUUUCAAAUACUGAAAGGAAACUAAAAGAAAUGUUGCAAAGGCCACUUAUUAAUUCUAUGUCGCCCAAGUGCAUAGCUAGGGAUAUUGGGGCCCGCGGAACUUGACCUAUUUAGAGGCCCCUAUAUUUUGACAUUCAGCAUCAUGAGAUAAUAUUGUAAUAUUUAAUUUCAGACACUCAUUUGGGGGCCCCAAUCAAGUGUGAAGCCUGGGAGGAUAAUUUAAUUUGGACCCUCCUGCUACCCCCCACCCUAGCUAUACCAGUGAGUCGCCCUAGUGUAAUUGUGUGUCUGAAUGAGACAAACAUGAACAUGUUUUAAAUGCACGCAUAUCAAUGUUUUAUGUUUUUCAAAUGUUCAUAACAGAUGCCCUAAGCCUUCACGACAAUGCCUUCAGUUAGCAAGAUGUUCUUCGGUAAUGCAAAUGAAAUAAAUGUGUUGCCGACUUUAAAUGAUGUUCGAAGAAAAAAAAUAGGAACCACCUCAUAAUUGAUACCUCAGACUAAAUAUUGAUACUUGUUUAUAUCGUUCAUGCCCAGUGCUAGCACAAUUAUUUUUUGCUCAAAAGAACUGUAAAUAAAUUAUUGUAUAUAUUUGUAUUUGUGUGUACACAUAAAGACUGUUUAUGUAUAAGAUGACUUUAUUUUUGUACAUUGAGUCAGAAAAUAGUUUUUCUUUUUUAUGCCUAAAGGUUGAAGGUAUUGAUUACAUUGUAUUUUUAUUGUCUUAAAGUAUUAUCUGAUAUAUACUAUUACACUAGUUGCAAUUGUUAAUGUAAUUGUAUACUUGUGUAUCUAUAAAGGGAAUCAUUUAUAUUCUUUCUACUAUACAUGUAUAUAUAUAUACAUAUGUAUAGUCAGCUACAAACUUACCUUAUAUUAUGUGUUAAUACAAAAUCAUAACAAAUGGUUACUAAGGUAACCAUAUAUUGUAUUGUUUCCAAUCCUGUUGUCAAGUGGACCAAACAUAACAAUUUUUAUAUUGCAAUUUUAUUUUUAUACUUAAAAGAAUCUAAAUAUUAUAUACAUUUGUUUGAAUAAAGAAACAAACGAAAAAUAAAA